AUGGAGGCGCCCCUGGUAAGCCUGGAGGAGGAGUUUGAGGAGGGGCCCGGGGACGAUGGGGGAACCCCACAACGCACUGCGGACCCGGCGCUGGCCGAGCUGGAGAGCUUCUCAGCCGAGAUGAUGAGCUUCAAGUCGAUGGAGGACCUGGUGCAGGAGUUCGACGAGAAGCUCACCGUCUGCUUCCGCAACUACGAUGCUGCCACUGAGGGUCUGGCCCCUGUGCGAGGGCGUCUCCAGGCGCAGGAGGAGGAGGAACGCCUCCAGGAUGAGGAGGUUUGGGAUGCUCUCACCGAUGGCUUCGCACCCCGGAGCUCUCCCCGGCCCUGGCUGCUCCCCGAGGCUGAGGCCUCCGACAGCACCGACCCCCAGCUCUGCGAGAAGGAGGAGGAGGAGCUCACUGAGAGGAGUGAGCAAGACUCGGGCAUCAACGAGGAACCGCUGCUGACAGCUGAGCAGGUCAUCGAGGAGCUGGAGGAGCUGAUGCAGAGUUCACCCGACCCCGAGGCUGACCCUGAGGGUGAUGAGGACGAGGAGGAGGAGGAGGAGGAGGAAGAGGAGGAAACAGAGGCUGAUGCUGAAGGCGAAGAUGGUGGUGGGGGCACGGAGCCCAUCCUUCUGCAUGAACUGCGUGCUUUCUCCCCUGCCUUCAACAACAACUGCUCCCAUGAAGGGCUGGGGCGGCUGUCGGCGCGGGAGCUGGCAGUGGCGGUGGGGCGCGCGGAGGCUGCGAGCCGGACGCUGUCAGCGGAGCUGGUGGCACAGCUGGCACGGCGGGAUGAGCUGGCGUUCGAGAAGGAGGUGAAGACGGCAUUCAUCGGGGCGCUGCUGGCGGUGCAGGGGGAGCAGCGGGAGCAGCGGGAGGCCGCCCGGCGCCGUCGUCGCGACAGGGGGCUGAGCCUGCAAGGGGGGCGUCCCGAGCGCGGGAACCACAUGCCCCGGAAGCGCUUCAGCAUGGAGGGCAUCUCCAGCAUCCUACAGUCCGGCCUGCGCCAGACCUUCGGCCCCGCCACCAACGAGAAGCAGUACCUGAACACGGUGAUUCCCUACGAGAAGAAGGGGUCGCCGCCCUCUGUUGAGGACCUGCAGAUGCUCACCAACAUCCUGUUUGCCAUGAAGGAGGGGAACGAGAAGGUGCCCACACUGCUCACGGAUUACAUCCUCAAAGUGCUCUGCCCAACCUGAUGCGGUG